GGUUGACGUCUUCAAGAGAGUAUUGUCGUGGUUCUCCUUACAAAAAUCCUUUCCUGGAGCUUCCAACUAAACCGCGAGAUAAACAGAUCAAGUGACAAUAAUGGUAAAAUCAGAUUAAGAUGUCCCUCUCGUAAUGAAUGCUACUGCUGGCCGCUCUAAUCACGUUUAGUUUCGUAAAUGCCCCGCUGGAAGAAGAGGAGUAUACGCACAGUGGAUUCGGAGAAAUGUGGGAGAAAGCAUGAUCGUAUAUUGCCUUAUUUUGUAACUGUAUCGACUGGUUGGAGUUACUGUUUAUUUGCUGUAGACUGGAACACUGAAAUGAAAGACACCAUCCUUCAACCCUCAACAUAAUGUCAGGAAAAACGCAGUGGGGCUACAUAUUUCAACCCUGGAAUAGACACGGCAUCAUCGAUGAAGAUUGGAUGAAGGCUGUGACAUUGGAGAAUGUAAGUCUUCAGAACGGCCCCUUUCCUACCCCGAAUUUACAAGCCAUUACAACUUGGACGUCGCUUCAAUCGGUACCGCUGCGAACCACAAAAAACAAAAGCAGCGCAUGGCUAGUGCUGAGCUUCGAUGGUGGUCUUACCUCACCUUGAGAAAUCAUUUUAGUUAGGCAGUGAACACAUGCAGCCUUCAUCUUCAGAGGGAAAAUAAUGCACUUGACUGAGGAUGAUGUAAAUUUUCAAAAUACCAGGCCAGUGAGUGCACCUAGCCGGCGAAUGGGACGACCUAUAAUGGAACACAUGUAUCAUAAAGGGGUUAAAGUCGUUCCCCACCCAUGGGGUUAUUUUGAUCAGCCGAAAGGUCUUUUUUUUCCUCUCAGUGAUCGCUAAAUUAAUGUAUUCGAAUUCAGCGGUUGGUAGCCAAGACUUUGUCAUCUGCGAUGAUGCAAAGGACAGUGAAAUACAGGUACACCAUGAGGAGAAGAAGUGUAGAAGAAUAGGCUGUGAUGGAACAGCUGUCGAGUAAACCACAUGACGUGCAGUCAUACGAACAAUUUGGCUGAUGAUGAAUACUGUGCAGUUACGACACCGUUAACCGAAGGCGGGGUCCCUUAUGCUUUCCUCGAUUGAGCGCUUGCAACGUCUCGGCAAUGACUUCGUGCGUCUCGUCCCGAUCUCAAAGGCCCCGUUAUGCGCGUUGCACGAGCCUGCCACACCUCUGACGGAUGACCAUGCGAGACAUGCAACUGCUUGUUAUGUAGGCACGGAGACAGGAGCCCACAUGCCUAAGUGGACGAAGUGGAGAGUAAUUAAACUAUGAGCAAUCGUCGAAUUUAGCGCAUGUCAACAAGGGAGAGGCAACGCGGGUGUAUAUUCGUAUUUGCUGACUAAUUGAAUUCGAAAGGGAGACGCGCGCACCACCGCCACGGGGUUGAGAAAAAUAUUUACUAUGAUCGAAUCAAAGUUGUGAACUACACGUCGCCUCGACCAGUCAGGAACCGUGUCCACUAUUUGGUCAAUAAUAACGGAUGACGGGAUGCCGCUGAAUUGUUUGUUUCCGGGGAGGGACCGGUAGCUUAGCUACACCUGUAGAAAGUUCCUGGUAAAAGCUGUUGUCAUCAGCAGGAGGGGAAUAAAAGCCUCGAGCAAACGUGAUCCGUUGAAAGUACCACACAAGGCUAUGAAGUGGCAGGACAGCCGAUGAUGGAUAGCGUUAACUUUUCCAUCACCACUGAAGCCGCGGAGUGUUCCAACCAGACCAAGGUGAGCGCCACUACGGCCGCGUCGCCGGCUGCCGGGCCGCGCUGUCGAUGGCCCGCACCCACACCCAAUUGGACGGCGGCGUUCGAGGAAUGGCAAUGGGCAUGGCCAGCGCACAUCUAUCUUUUCCCGACUCUGUACCUCUGUCUCUCCAUCUACAUCAUAGUGUGGUUUGUCACCGGGUGUUCCAAGGGCUCAGCACGGGAGAAUGCAGAAUACCGCGGGAAUAGGAAAACCCCGCGCCUGAAUUCCACACUGCACGGCCUGGUCCUGGUCUCCUGCGUCACUCGCUGCAUCUUUCUGUAUGCAGAUCCGUAUGGAACCCGAAAAGUCCUACCUUGCCCCCUAGGUCCAGUCUUGUGGUCGUGUGGCUGGCCUUUUAUCACGGCAUCGGUCAGCGUGCUUCUCCUCGUUCUCCUGGAGACAACCAAGAUGUCUCUGGCCCCUCCCAAGUUCCAGAAGCCAGGGGUCCUCGCGGCCAUCGUCGUGCCCUCUCUCUGCUUCGUCUUUGUGGCUGACUUCCUCGUCGCCUACGACAACUCCACCAAGUAUGCCCUUCUGGUCUGCCAGGCCAUGUUCAUCCUGUGGGGCUGCCUCCUGGGCAUCGGGUUCCUGGUGGUAGCCUGGAAGAUGCGCCACAUCGUGGCCAACUCGCAAGGCUGCGUCACCAGCCAGGAGGUCGGGGUGCAGGAGAGCGGGCGCCUCAAGCGCCUCAACGACAUCGUCCUGGCCUGCUCGGUCAUCGCCCUGGCUCUCACCUCCAUCAACCUCUACGCGGUGGUCUCCAUCUACGUCUCCCACUUCCGGAGUGGCUACACCGCCCCUUGGAGAUGGAUGAUCUUCCAGACCUGCCAGCGGUUGCUCGAGGUGUCCAUUGUCAUCGUCAUCUUGCUGGCCGUUCAGGGAACCGACAAGCAGUGACGCAUGAACCUCACGACCAGCAACACCACCAUGCAAUGAACUGAAGACGAAUUUUUCUCGUAACAGAAACAUUUCAACCUCGGUGCUGUUCUCGAAGGACACACAGACCUCGCUUUGGUCAACGCAUGUCUCUCGCAAUCAGUGUGAUUGAGAUGGAAAUGACUCUAACUUCGUUGAAAGAACGCUUCAACUACACUGUACAUUGUAAUCGACAUUAGGACUUCAACUUGCAAUGAGUGUGACUGUCAUUGAACACUUUGCAUGUUCCACACCGUCGUUAAUGAGACCGUUGUCCGCUAAAACAGGGUAUACGCGUACAGUUACGUGUAAAACUAUCACUGUAGUGUAAUGUAACAUUAAAUGUUGUGCAUUGUGCCAGUAUUGACCAUUAUUGACCUUCUAAUGGGGGGUGUUGAAUGAAAUUCAUAGUUAUGUCAGAUUCUGAGCCAAACAGUCACGCAUUAUUGGCCAUGUCUUUUUCCUGGAAUAUGGAUGAAAUUUAGCGCCGCAACAGUUGAAUAAAUCUACGUGAUUUUUCUGGGCUAAUUUCAAUAUAGGCCUACACCUACCUUUUGUCACGGAAAUGUAUAUUCCGUUAUGAAAUUUAGCUUUCAUCGAAAAAAAGUAAUUUAUGAUUUGGUGAUUUGUGCAUUUAUAGUUGGUGUUUCAUACACAAUGCACAACGAGCAGUAAAGCGCACGCGUGUUUAUAAACCACAUCUUUGCACCUCACCACACGAAGGUGAUUCCAUUGUACAAGAAGUAAACACAUCCGAUAGUUUCCACUAAUCCCAUAACCUAGAAUGUGUUUUGAAUUCACUUACUACUGUGCCCCCCCCCCACAAGCUAGUGCCGCAUGUGUAUUGAAUUCAAUCACCAAGCAGCCAAUGCCUGUUAAGUACGAUAGUUAAUGUUUUGUAAAGACGUCUAGUGGUCUAGGUCAUGUUUAAAAGUGGGGAUAGUACUGGACUAUUCUGUACGUUAUUGUUUCACCCUUUAUGAAAGUUUUUGGCAGAUCCAAAUAUAUGUACAUUUAGAUAUAUGUACUCAUAUUUCUGGUGGACAUUUUGGAACGAGACCUCAUCUGUAAGAGCCAGUACCACACGCAACGGAUAUUGAAGGUUGUAAGAAUGUUAUUCUAUCACUUUCUUCAAUGAGGAACUGUGCGCCACGCUGUGCUUUAGUAACACCUUUCAUUUAUUAGUUUUGGCCAACAGUGAGUUUAAUCAUCUGAUAUAAUGAGCAGGAGGUUUUUUUUUAUUAAAUUCCUCAGCUGGUGGCAGAGCUGGAGAACGCUCGACAUCA